GGGCUGUGUAUCGCGAUGGAGUCGUCGAGAUUGACCUCGCCACGUUGUCAAGUCACGAUGGCGUCGACUGGUCCCGACGCGUUGAUGAAACCUCUGCAGACAACGGGCCCUAAACAUGCGCGUUCCUGAAAUAGGGCAUCUGUUCGCGUCUUAGCUCGAGGGAAGCUCGGUUUCUGGGACCAUGAUGGGAUGGCAGAGGCCAUGGACCGUGGACCGUGAGCUUAGAGCAUAGGCAGUCCGUCUGAGCUCCGUUGCGCUCGGUGACCGGGACUCGAUGGAUAGCUCAGCUUCGGAAAAGGACACCCAGGCGAUCUAGACGAGAAACAGGAGUUUCCCCGCCGCGAGCCGAAGAGGAGAACUUGGAUGGACGGAUUGAUAGGAGCGCAUAGCUGGAGGCGUCUUCCAUCAAGCCAUUGUCCAAGCCAUUGUCUUUCUGUGCCACAAUCAAGAUGGGGUAAUGCGUUGCUUAGACAUUUAUCAAAUAACCGGCGGCCGAUAUGGCGUCUUUCAACGAGGAGUCGGUGUUGUGCCUGUCACGCCUGUGUGUUGUGGUCGCGGGUGUCGUCGUCGUUGUCGUUGGAUAAAAGUGUAAUUAGUGCGUGUCCAGUGUACCUCCUCGAGGAGCCCGCCAGAGGCGUCGAGUGGGCUUUCAAGCCUAAGAAACAGGGAAAGGCCAUGGUUGGUCAAUGUGCGGAAAGAGGUCAGGUUUGGACGGCGUUGGCGGGUUGUGUGACUCGCAGGCUUCAUGAGGCGUCGCGAGGUGUCCGAAUCGAGCGAAGCCGAGCCGGGUUCGGGCGUGUUGCUGGCAUGCCGGUGUGCCAAUCCCCGUUCGGAGCUGGCGGCCACGCCCUCGGGAUUAGCUGCAGGGCCAAUUUCCUCGAACGGGCAUACACGGGCCGCAGAGUGAGCAGAGAGGCGUCGGUCUUGCUCGUAGCCUCGUGUUUGAGCAACCCGUCCCGUUGUUGAAACAUACGCACUGGCAUUGACUCUGGACUAAGCCAAUUCAAGGGCUGCAUUUUCCCAAAGAAGUCGCCUGAGGAGCCAAGCCUGUGGGUUGGAGAAUUGACUUUGAAGGCGUUGCCGCUGCGGGAGCUGGUACAUGCUGCUUGUGCUAGUUGCAAGCCAAGAAGGAAGCGUGCUGGUUGGUGCUGA